AUGGACACCAAAGAAAUGUCGCCGUCUUUCAGCCAUGGCACUACUAAUAGCGCCCAGUCAAGCCCCAAGAGCAACUUGGAGGCGAUGCCGAUUAUUGAAGUAGUUGGAGAUUCGAGCGAUGAUGAACCCAUGACAAUGAAGCGGUUCUUGGGCCUGACUGCAAUGGCGUUCCUCUGGACUGGCUCUCAAAUCCCAAUCUACCUUUUCGGCGGUAUUCCUCCCUAUAUCUAUGCCUCUAUUGGCGGAGCAGAUCGUUGGAUUUGGUUUGUUCUGGCAAACUUGCUCGCUCUCGCAGGUAUAUGUCCAUUCGUCGGUAGUCUAUCGGAUUUGCUCGGUCGUCGAUAUGUCGCUAUCCUUGGUGCAACACUCGUAUGUCUCGGGUUGAUUGUAUCGAGUACUGCCAAUACCAUGAACACUUUUAUCGGAGGCAUGGCCAUUUCCGGUGCUGGAGCAGGCAUCAACGAAUUAACCGCCCUUUCAGCCACAGCCGAAAUGGCGCCAACCCGCAAACGCGGUACAUACAUCGCAGCUUUGAUAUUGACAAUCCUACCUUGGUCCGCCUCAGUCAUGUGGGCUCAGCUUAUUGCCUAUCACUCAAACUGGAGAUACGUUGGGUUACUAGCCGGUAUCUGGAAUAGCCUUGGAUUGAUUUGCACUGUAUUCUUCUAUUUCCCACCGCAGCGAGAUAACAGCCAAGGUCUGUCGAAGAAGGAGAUUAUUUCAAGAAUUGAUUUUGUGGGUGGAUUUUUGAGUAUUGCUGGAUUGAUUCUGUUUUUGGCUGGGAUGCAAUGGGGUGGUUAUCAGUACUCGUGGAAGACAGCUCAUGUCUUAGUCCCCCUCAUCCUCGGAUUCUUUAUCCUGGUUGCUUUCGGUUUCUGGGAAGUGUAUGGUGCCCGUUAUCCCAUGAUACCCAGCAAGAUAAUACAGGAACCUCGCACCUUAGGUCUGACGUUGUUGAUCACAUGGAUCUCCGGUGCCAAUUUUAUAUCAGUUAUCCUAUUUUGGCCAACGCAAAGCUUCAAUCAGUUUGGUCAUGAUCCAGUGGGCGUUGGUCUUCGUUCUCUGCCUGUUGGGUAUGGUAUCUUGGCUGGCGCAUGUAUCACGCUUUGCUUGUUGUCGUAUAUGAAGGGCCAGAUCAAGGCGCUGAUGAUUGGAAGCAGUGUCCUAAUGACAGCCGGAUGCGGAGCUAUGGCUGUUGCGCGAGCCGACAAUCUCAGCACUCUCUGGAUCAUCUUGAUCAUUGGAAGUCUCGGAAUAGGCGGAAUUGUCGUCCCAGCAAGUAUCAUGACGACCAUCAUCUGCCCGGAUGACCUAAUCGCCACAGUCGCAGCCCUAACACUCUCCAUCCGAGUCGUCGGCGGCGCAAUCGGCUACACCAUCUACUUCAACAUCUUCAUCAACAAAUUCACUACAAACUCCAUCUACUACAUCGGUGGGCUGAUGAGCACCGAACUCGGCAUCACAAACGUGACGUAUAUCACGGAAGCAAUCCAACUGACCACCGCUUCUUUGUUGAAAGAAUUGCAGACCAUCCCCGGUAUUGCCGGAAACACAACUGCGUAUGAGAUGGUUGUUGCAGCGGGGCAGGUUGCGUAUGCUGAGAGUUACAAGUACGUUUAUUUGGCAUCUAUUGCGUUUGGGGCGCUGUCGAUUGGGGCAGCGUUGUUUUUGGAUGAUAUUACCAAGUACAUGGACGAUCACGUUGCGGUUCAGUAUCAUUGA